AUGAAGUAUCUCCUGUACCCGUGUUUACUCCUUGCUGUUCUUUGUGCUGUAACCCAUUGCCACCAUGAAGAAACUUGCCAUGAAGUUGAUAAUACUAAUUUACAUGAUCCAACAGAAAAUUUAUUAACAUAUAACUGUGACAACCAAGCCUCUAACUACACAGAUUUUGUAUUUAGAUUUUAUAAGCAUGCUGUAUCAAAAGAAGCUGAUAAAAAUGUCUUCUUUUCUCCCCUGAGCAUUUCCACUGCCUUUGCAAUACUGGCUGUUGGUGCUAAGUCAACCACCCUGUCUCAAAUUUUUGAAGGACUGGGCUUUGAUGGUCUGACUGAGACUCACAUACAUGAUAUACAUGAAAGUUUUCAUAAAGUUUUAGCAGUAUUGAACUGCACUGAUGUUAAUAUCACGUUAAAUAUAGGGAAUGCCUUUUUUACAGCUAUUGGGCAUAAACCACAGGAGACAUUUUUACAAAACACCAAACAAUUUUAUGAUGUAGAUUUUUUUUCUAGUGAUUUCCAUAAACCAGAAGAAGCUAAGAAGCAUAUCAAUAAAUAUGUAGGGGAGAAAACCAAGGGGAAAAUUCCUGAAUUAAUUACUCAUCUUGAUCCAAGUACUAUAUUGGUUCUUGUUAACUACAUUUAUUUUAAAGCUGCCUGGGAAAAGUCUUUUGAUCCUUUGAAUACAUACGAGGAUGACUUUUUUGUUAACACAAAUACAUCUGUUAGAGUCAACAUGAUGCAACGUGUCAGUAACUAUGACAGUUACUACGAUGAGGAUCUCUCUUGUGAGGUAGUUGAGCUGCCUUACAAGGGCACUGCACGAGCAUUGCUCAUUCUGCCUGACGAUGGGAAGAUGAAGCAAGUGGAAGAUGCUCUCUCAAAGGAAACUGUUUGCAGUUGGGAUAGCAAACUUGAGACCAGGAGAUUAGAUCUGAAGUUACCAAAGUUUUCUAUUAGUGGUGUUUAUGAUGUUAAAGAUAUCUUCAAGGAAAUGGGCAUUACUGAAGUAUUCUCUGGAAAUGCUGAUCUCUCUGGAAUUAGUGGCAGUCGUAAUCUUCAAGUUUCACAAGCAAUUCACAAGGCCCUCCUGGAGGUUGAUGAGGCUGGAACUGUGGCUGCAGGAGCCACAGCAAUAAUCUUUACCAGAGUUCACCAUCCUCCCGUUCCCAUCAAAUUCAACAGGCCCUUCAUUAUCCUCAUUGCUGACAAAGCAACCAGGACUGCACUUUUCAUGGGGAAAAUCGUUGAUCCUGCUAAGAAGUGA